UGGCUUUAAUUCAUUUGUUUUUUAAUAAUCAGUAUACGGUUAGAAAGUGCAAAUUUUGUUGCAUCUUGUGAUAUAUAGAUCAUAAAUAUAAAAUGAAAUCAAGUAGGCAAAACGUAUCUUACAAAAAAAUAUACUAUUUUUUACUGUGUACAAAUUUGAGAUAAGAGCAAAACUAAUUUUAUUUUUACUUUAUCUGUUUUUACAUUUUGAUACAUCGACGCUCAGUUAUCGGUUUAAUAUUUAUAAACUUAUUCUCAUAAACACGUCUAUCUAAAUAAAUGAUUAUUAUUUUCUUAUAUUAUUUAUCAAAAUUCUGAUAAGAACUUCAACAUGAAGCUGGAUCAUAUUUUCUCAUGUUCUGAAUUGUGGUUCAAAAAAACAUUGAGCUUUCUUUUUGUUUCAUAUGUCUUUUCUUUUCUAUCCUCUCUUCUUUUGUCGACAUGUAUGUACUGAAUCAAACUUGAACAUAUAUAUGUAUAUAUGCCGAUUUCCAUCAAAAAAUGGAAAAGUUUACAUGUUCACGUGCCACAUUAUUUUUUAUGUUCAAUGUUUACAUUCAUUAACAUGAAACAAUAUAACAAAUAUACCAGCAUUUUCAAACACAACGUCUUAGAAGAAUAUCGUCGUGGAGUUUACGGGUUUGGAUUCAAAUCUUUAGCCAGAAGAUUCAAGAUAAAAGGUGGUCAUAAAGUGAUUAUGAAUUGGUAUCGGCAAUGGGAUGGUACUGUACAAUCAUUAAAUACAAGAUCAAAAGGUGGUCGACCACGUACAAUGACAAAGAAUGAAGUUAAACAGUAUAUAUUAGGAUUUGUAACUAAGAUGAAUAAACAAUUUAAACCAGUGAAUUAUCGAAUAGUACAAGCAAAUGUUGAAUCAUUAGUAAACAAGAAGGUGCCAUUAAGUACCAUUCAAAGAUAUGGUAAAGAAGAAUGUGGUCUUAGAUGGAGAAAAACACAUGAAUUAACAUCACGUGAUGUUGAUAAUCAACAUUGGAAUAAUAUAGCAAAAUUCCGAAGAUUUUUGCAAAGAAUUGGUAAUGAUAGAUUAGUAUUUAUCGAUGAAAUCGCAAUUUAUGCAAUAAUGCUACCUUGUCAUACACUUGUUGCUCCUGGACAAGAACCAUUAGUUAUUGUUGAAAAACCAUCAGCUUAUGCUGAACGUUAUGAUUUUAUUGGAGCAAUUAAUGGAUCUCAAGCUAUAUCUUGUAUGAUUUUAACACCUACUGAUCGAAAAGCGAGAAAUAUUGAUGGUGUUCGAAAAGAGAUUGUCAAUGAAUGGAUUAUCAAUGAAUUAGCUCCUGCAAUAAAUCGAUUAUCUGUUAAUAAUAUUUAUCUUAUAUGUGAUAAAAGCCGUGCUCAUAAUAGACAAUGUAUGAUUGAAGCAUUGAAAGCUGGUAAAUGUAAAUCGGUCUUGGACGUUUGUUAUAUGCCAACAGCAUCCGCAAAAUACAUAUCACCAUUAGAUAAUCCAAUUUGGCAUAAAUAUAGAGAAGUCAUUAGAAGUCAAUAUCCGAUUACAACAACAAAUCUUCCAUCAAUACUUUCACAAACGUUUUUCUCUUUAACAAAAGAAGAGAUCGGAAAUGCAUAUCGUAAAUGUGCUAUUACACGUGGAGCUAAUGUUUUUUAUGAUCAACCAUCUAUGUAA